UGUCUCCGCCCUCAGUAUGCCGUUUCCAUGGCGAUCCAACAUGGCCGCACACGGAAGACAACCUGUUUUGUCCUCCACACCACUGCAGAUCCUGUUUCAUUUGAACAGCUGGUAUUUUGCAGCAUUUUUCAUCGCUGAGAUUCUUAUGUUUAUCUAUAAAGGUGUGAUACUCCCUUACCCACAGUCUAACCUGAUACUGGAUGUUGUUCUGCUGCUCCUCUUCUUGGGCCUCGAAACCCUCAGACUCUUCUAUGGCUGGAAGGGGAACCUGUGUCAGCGCUCUCUGGCUCUGUUUGUGAGUGUUGGUGUUCUGGUGCCCUGUGCGGUGCUGAGCGUCUACUACCUGCUACUUCAGACCUUUGUUUUACGGCUUGAGUUUGUUCUCAAUGCUGUGCUGCUCUGCUUUUACGGCUUUGAGCUGGUUCUGGGAAUGAUGACCAUCUCUGUUUUUUCAAGGGCCAACGUUUAUUAAGUCCAUCUGCUUUUUUGAAGUCAGGACGAAAACACUGAAGAGAAUAAGAUACAGUCUUUCAGACUGACAGCUGUCAAAACAUGUAUGUUUCAUAAAACAGACAUUUCAUAUCUACACUUUUUCUAAAAUAUAUAUUAAGCACCUUUAUUAUGUAGAACCUGAGAUGUUAUAAAAGCUAAUUUCAGUUCACAAUUAUUUAUGUAAAUGUAAAAUUGCCAUUAUUAAAUGAUAGAGUGAAACAGUUGUCGUCAUACAUUUACU